CCGAAGGAGCAACAGCACGCAGGAGCAGCAUCACCCCGCGAGACACAACAAGAAGAAACUCAUUAUAAAUAUAUACAUUACUGCUGUAACCUGUUCGUUUCUUUAAAAUAGGCUUGUAAAGUUUUAACAGGAUUUUAUAUAUUCUAUCAACGGUGAUAUUAAUAUUAAUUCAAGCACUAUUAUGGAGGACCAGCUGCUGUGCUGCGAGGUCGACUCCAUCAGGAGAGCCUACCAAGACGUCAACCUGCUCAACGACAGAGUCCUACACACCAUGCUGAAGGCAGAGGAAAACUACCUACCGUCCCCAAACUACUUCAAGUGUGUCCAGAAAGAAAUUGUUCCUAAAAUGAGGAAACUAGUCGCCACUUGGAUGUUAGAGGUCUGCGAGGAACAGAAAUGUGAGGAGGAGGUUUUUCCGCUGGCUAUGAACUAUUUGGAUAGAUUUUUAUCGGUGGAGGCAACCAGGAAAACAAGGCUACAGCUGCUGGGAGCUACUUGUAUGUUUCUGGCAUCCAAGAUGAAGGAGACUGUGCCCUUAACGGCGGAGAAACUGUGUAUCUACACCGACAACUCUGUCCGGCCUGAAGAGCUGCUGCAAAUGGAACUGCUUGUUCUCAACAAGCUGAAGUGGGAUCUGGCCUCAGUCACGCCUCAUGACUUCAUCGAGCACUUCCUGUCCAAGCUGACGAUCCAUCCGUCCACCAAGCAGAUCCUCAGGAAACAUGCCCAGACCUUCGUGGCCCUCUGUGCAACAGAUGUCAACUUUAUCGCCAGUCCUCCAUCGAUGGUAGCAGCGGGCAGCGUGGUAGCAGCUGUGCAGGGUCUCUACCUAAAGAGCCAAGAUACCUCCCUGUCCUCCCAGAACCUCACCAACUUCUUGUCACAGGUCAUCCGCAGUGAUCCGGACUGCUUGCGAUCAUGCCAGGAGCAGAUAGAGUCUCUGCUGGAGUCCAGUCUGCGCCAGGCUCAACAGCACAACAGCACUACAGAAACCAAACGCCUGGACGAGGACGUCGACCUGUCCUGCACCCCCACAGACGUCAGAGACAUCAACAUCUGAAUGGCUGACAACCAUGUGACAUGGUGAUCUGAUUAAGAGGAAGUUGAAAAGAGCAGGUGGUGAUGUGCAGUGCGCUUCAUCUGACACAGAGCGCCUACCUGUACGGCCCGGACCACCUGAUUGGGAUGCCCCACCCAAAUAACUGGGAUGCCCAGCCUACCUGAACUCAGCUUCCCCUCCUCAUCCUCAUAGCUGGUGGGUUGUGUCUGGCGUCAUGGCCAGUCUGUCCCCCACAUGCCCUCACUUCAUUGCUAUAACUACCAAGACAGGACAGGGCUCCUCCACCUCCCUUACAAGUCACAUUUCUGCCUCCUGUCUCUCGCCCCAUUUUAGGGCAAAAAGACAUGAACACUGCAGAAUCGUACUAGUAAGAAAAAAAAGACAGAAAAAAAUAUAUUGAUGAAAUAAAUGGUCUGGAGUGUAAGCCGCAUGAAAAUAGACAUUUUAGUAGGCAUUGUUUUCUUACUCCCUGAUAUAUUAAACUAGGAAUCUUUAAAUUACCGCAGACUCAACUCGCCUACUAAACCAUCUCAAAAUGUCAAGUGGGUCUUUGUAGUCUGUCAUUAGGUUUUUACAUGAAAUCUGUUAUCUUUAUUAAGAGAAGAGGCGUUUUUGUUUGAAUUUCUUUUCUCUAAUAUAUAGUAUGUUUCAGAUGUCUGGUUCAAGCUCCCAUGUUUGUCUUGUUGCUGUGUAGACAUUCAUAUAUCUCUGCUUGCUUGUGUUUAGACACUUUAUUAUACAUCAUUGUAGACCUCUUAUCAAAUAUCCCCACUUUAGUUUUAUACCUCUUCUCUUUCAAGCUGUUUUUUAAACCAACUAUUUUGUGUAGUGAAAUGCUCUGUUCCUAUUAUCCUGACAACUGUGGAUUGUUUAUGUCAAUAUUUUGACAGCUUGCUUGACUUUUAAACCAGUAAUUCAUUGGUGUGCUUUUUAGACUUCAUCUAGUUAAAUUCAAUACGCUUAAACCGAUGUACGAGCAGAGCAAUCCACAGCCUGUUAUCUGUUUUUUUGUUUUUCUCGAUGUAGUUAUACCUUACUGUCUAAUACCAUUCCAAUUUUGUUUUCUUAAAAAAAAGAGCACUUUGGGUCAGCACUGCUGGCUCUUUAAAAAAUCACAAGUGAUAAACAAAGUUUGUGAAACAACAGAAAAAAAUGGAAUGGGGGUUUGAGCAGGAGUCUUACCUAUGGUGAUGGGGAGUCAGAGCAGUGCUACCACAUCAGCUGUUGCAUCUGGUGGAUCUGAUUCAUCUAAUGGGACAAGAAUUUGACCAAUAUGGCAGAUAGCUACUAUUGCUUUUUGUUUUUUUUUUUUUUUGGUUUUUUUGGUUUUUUUAUAGAAGACUGAACUCUGCCUGACACUAUCUAGGUCUCACAGAGCCAAUGGCUCGCUGAAGCUGCCUUCCAAAUGGUGGAUUGGAGUUUUACUUAUGUAAAUGUCUCUCAGCAGCAGAGCUGCUAUGGCAGUAGAAAUAAUCUUAUUGGUUGGUUUGGGUGAACCCAGGAGCCACAGUUUCUGGCUGAGGACUGAUGAAGCCAACUGGAAAAGGCUAACGGGAAGAAGGGAGGUAGCUAACUUUAUGUUGAGCAUUCUUGCUACUAACUGAAAACAUGCAAUCUAAUUUUACUAAGUCAUCUAGGUUAGCUAGUUAACUUUGCUGACCUUCAGACCAGCCAUACUAAUCUAUAGCUGUCUAGGUUUGCUGGAUUAGCCAAUACCUUGAAGGCCAUGGUCAUGAAUGAAUAA